CGCUGGGACGCGCCUUCCGGCUUGAGGUCCACCUCCAGUGGCGAGGUCCACCUCCACUGGUGAGGUCCACGGACAGACCGCCUGGAGUUCCCGGAAGUAGCCCGGCUGCCAGCUUCCGGUGCUGUAGGGAGAAAUGGCGGUGGUCACCUUGAUCCCGACGCUGGCGCGGGUACUGUCAAAGCACAGCCUGCUGUCUCCUUUGUUCAGCGUGACAUCAUUCAGACGAUUCUACAGAGGUGACAGCCCAACAGAUUCUCAAAAAGACAUGAUUGAAAUUCCUUUACCUCCAUGGCAGGAGAGAACUGAUGAAUCCAUAGAAACCAAAAGAGCCCGCCUACUCUAUGAGAGCAGGAAGAGGGGGAUGCUGGAGAACUGUAUUCUCCUUAGCCUCUUUGCUAAAGAAUAUCUGCACAACAUGACAGAGAAGCAGCUGAACCUCUAUGAUCGCCUAAUUAACGAGCCUAGCAAUGACUGGGAUAUUUACUACUGGGCCACAGAAGCAAAACCAGCCCCAGAAAUAUUUGAAAAUGAAGUCCUGGAACUUCUGAGAGAGUUCGCGAAAAACAGAAACAAAGAGCAGAGACUGCGUGCCCCAGAUCUGGAAUAUCUCCUUGAAAAGCCUCGUUAGGCUGUGUGCCACUGUCCGUCAUGGUGAUCAGUAUGUGGACAGAAACUGCUUCUGGUACAGACUUUGGCUUCCUGCUUUUCCUUAGGCCCUUGAACCUCUACCAGGACAGACAUGUAAUAUGAAGAUGAUACACUCAUUCUAACCUGCACUUGUCUGUACAGCACCGACCGAUCGACCCCUUCUCCAGCUGCUAUGUGCUAUGGUGCAGGUCUGCCACAAGAGGGCACUGAAUGGGAAGCAAUUCAGCUGCCUCAGCCCCGACAGUACAAAAGAUGCAGCUGCUAUAUGAAGAGCCACCCACCCCACCCACACCCAGUGCCCUGGCCUUUGUUAAGGUAAAACUGCCUCCUUCCAACCUUGUGUAGUUCUUUCUGCCAGAGAGAGCCAGUCCAAGCCGCCGAGCUGAGCCUAUCAAAGGCAUAGCAGGCUGAAUGAGGGCCCCAAGCUGGAAUGGUGUGAGCACGCUGCUUAAGUCAACAUUCUCAUCAGAUUUUCUUCACAACACGCACUUUGUAAACCGAAAGAUAAUUGAACAUUGAAGGAGAUCCAGAGAAGGAAAUUGACAGUUCUCUAACCCUUCAAUAAUUAUCUUCAUUUGGUCUGUUCUGUACAGCCAUAGUAAUCUUAUAAUGGGGUUUUACAAACCUUCAGGUUUUCUGGCCUUGCAGCAGGCACUGGACAAACUUUUCCUCUCAUUGCUACAGCCUUUAAAAUUAUUUUAGUUGACCAAAUAAUGAUGACACUUAAAAAAUAACUUGUUAA